AUGGCUUCCCAAUCUAUUAAGUUUUCCUUUUUCUUGGUCAUGUUCACGACCUUAGUUGCCCACCUUGACGCUCACAUUGCCGAUUUCGACAACUAUUGGAAACAACGAGCUGAGGAGGCGAAACGGGUGGCUCUAGAGACGUACCACCCGGACCCGUACAACGUGACAGAACAUUUCAACACAAUGGUUCACAUGGACCUAUUCGGGUCGAACCAAACUCGACGAAGCAUGAAGAGGUACAUGGGCAAAUGUCUGGCGACCAACCCCAUCGAUCGACGCUGGCGGUGCGAUCCCAACUGGGCCAACAACCGCCAGAAGCUGGCCGACUGCGUCCAGGGUUUCGGGUACAGGACCACGGGAGGAAAAGGCGGCCCCGUCUACGUCGUCACGGACGGUUCCGACACCGACCUGGUCAACCCGAAACCCGGGACGCUCCGACACGCGGUGAUCCAGAAAGGUCCCCUCUGGAUCACCUUCGGCCGGAGCAUGAUCAUCAAGCUCACGCAGGAGCUCAUGGUGAGCAGCGACAAGACCAUCGACGCCAGAGGGGCGAACGUCCGCGUGGCGUACGGCCCCGGGAUCACGCUCCAGUACGUGAACAAUGUGAUCAUCCAUGGGCUCCACGUCCACGACAUCGUUCCCGGGGCCGGCGGGUUGAUCCGCGACUCGGUGGAUCACUUCGGUUUCCGGACCAGGAGCGACGGCGAUGGGAUCUCUCUCUACGGGGCGACUAACGUGUGGAUCGACCACGUGUCCAUGUCCAAUUGCGGGGACGGGAUCAUCGACGCGAUUAUGGGGUCCACCGCCGUCACCAUCUCUAACGCCCAUAUCACCGAUCACAAUGAGGUGAUGUUAUUUGGAGCGAGUGGGAGCUACUCUGGGGACUCGAUCAUGCAAAUUACAAUUGCAUUCACUCACUUUGGGAAAGGUCUGGUUCAAAGGAUGCCGAGGUGUCGAUGGGGUUUCUUCCAUGUCGUAAACAAUGACUACACUCACUGGCUAAUGUACGCCAUAGGUGGUAGUAACCACCCCACCAUUAUCAGCCAGGGUAAUCGCUUCAUUGCUCCAGAAAAUGUCGCAUCCAAAGAGGUGACAAAGAGGGAGUAUGCGCAAGAAUCAGAGUGGAAGCAUUGGGACUGGAUAUCGGAGGGAGAUCUGAUGAUGAAUGGUGCUUUCUUCGUACCAUCGGGAAACCCUGAUGCGUACAAGAAAGUUUCGAGGCAACAACUCAUCAAACAAAAGCCUGGAACCUUUGUUACUAGGUUGACUCGUUUUUCUGGAGCACUGGAUUGCUUUGUCGGGAAGCCAUGCUGA